AUGGGUAUCGAUAUAAAUCAUAAAAAUGACCGUAAAGUACGGCGUAAAGCACCAAAAAGUGAAGAUCCGUAUCUUCGAGUCCUAGUAAAGUUAUACAAAUACUUGACUCGGAAAACCGGUGAAAAAUUCAACAAUAUUAUCACGAAAAGAUUAAUGAUGGCUCGUCGCCAUCGUCCACCGAUGUCACUUGCUCGUUUGGUACGUUACAUGAAAAGAGGUGGUAAUAUAACGAAAAUAGCGGUCGUAGUUGGGACGAUCACAGAUGAUAAUCGGAUUUUUGAAAUUCCCAAGCUUACGGUUGCUGCACUGCAUGUGACUAAAGGAGCUCGCGCACGGAUAAUUAAAGCAGGUGGUGAAAUAAUUACACUCGACCAACUCGCUUUGCGUGCACCACGUGGAGAAAAUACCUUCCUUUUGCAAGGACCGCGAAAACACCGCUUAGCUGAAAGACAUUUCGGUCCAGCACCAGGUGUACCUCACAGUCAUACCAAACCACUUGUUCGUUCUAAAGGACGCAAAUUUGAAAGAGCUCGUGGACGUAGAAAGUCUCGUGGAUACAGAAACUAA